AUGUGUGUGUGUGGGAGCGGCCGAGGAUCAUGCGCGCUGCCCGCCGGCCGCCCCCUGCUCCCGGCUGAAGUGCUGCAGUUGGUCGGCUGCGCCCCGGCUUGUCCCCACCCUCGUCCCUCCCUCCCUCCCUGCAGCCCGGGGCAGGGAGAGCGCUCCAGUGUCCGCACGGAGCGGGCACACGCUCUGCUGUACACACACAUGCAUGUAUGCCGAGCACACUCCGAAACCAUCCUCUAUGCAUAGCUGCACAAGCCCACAUCUGCACACACUGGGCACGGUCGGCAGCAGCGCAGGACGAUGGCGGCUGAAACCGGCACCGCCGCCGCACUGCCAGUAAAACACUGCAGCCUGGAGCCCCCCAGGAAGCGGAUCGACCCGAGGAGGAGGCAGGCGGCGCUCAGCUUCCUCACCAACAUCUCGCUGGACGGGCGGCCGGCGCAGGACGAGGAUCAGCAGGAGGACGGCGCUCGGCACAGCAGCGUGGGCGAGCCGUGCCCGCCGCCUCUGCCCGCUGCCCCGGACGGCGGGAGUGAGGAGGAGGGGGCGAGAGGUGCCGAGCGCAGGCUGCAGGCGGGCGCGUCCCCGUCCCCGCUCCCCGCUCCUGCAGGCGGCGGUAGCAGGGCGAGGAUCAACUCCUUCACUCAGGGAAUGCUGCCUGCCUCCUUUCUCAGGCAGGCAUCAGUCCCAAACUAUUGCCUGGAGCAGGGCCAGGUGGGCAGCAGCGCUUUUGAUUUACAAAGAUCCAGGCGUCGCUUGAUUUCCCAACGUUCUUCAUUGGAAACUCUGGAAGACAUUGAGGAAAAUGCUCCAUUGCGGAGAUGUAGGACUCUAUCAGGUUCUCCCCGACCAAAGAGCUUUAAGAAAAUUCACUUUAUCAAAAGCAUCCGGCAGCAUGACACCAGAAAUGGCAGGAUAGUGCUAAUCAGUGGCAAGAGAUCCUUCUGCUCAGUGUUUUCAAUAAUGCCAUAUCAAGACAACUGUCAGACUGGGGAUAUGAAGGCGGAGGGUGGGAGGCAGAGGCAUCCUUCUGGUGGAGUUGGUGCCAAGGAGAUGGUGAUUGGUCUUGAAGGAGUGGAGCUGGGUGCUGAUGGUAAGAGUGUCUCCUACACACAGUUUCUUUAUCCAACUAAUGUGCUUGGUGGAAGGAGGAACACAAUUGAUUCCACAGCAUCUUUAUCCCAGUUUCGGAACACUGGCCAUCGUAAUCUUCCUCUUGGGAGGGCAAACAGUUCCCAAGGAAGCAUUGAAACAGGCGGUGAGGUGGGAGAGUUUGCAGAAUACGACCCCAAUCUGCUGGAUGACCCACAGUGGCCAUGUGGAAAACACAAGCGUGUUCUGAUUUUCCCUUCCUACAUGACAACAGUGAUUGAGUAUGUAAAACCCUCCGAUCUUAAAAAGGACAUGAAUGAAACCUUCAGAGAAAAGUUUCCCCAUAUCAAAUUGACCCUCAGUAAGAUAAGAAGUCUUAAGCGUGAGAUGAGGAAGCUAGCUCAAGAGGAAUGUGGCUUGGAAGAGCCAACUGUGGCCAUGUCCUUUGUCUACUUUGAGAAGCUGGCACUCAAAGGCAAACUGAAUAAGCAAAACCGCAAACUGUGUGCAGGUGCCUGUGUUUUAUUAGCAGCCAAAGUAGGCAGCGAUCUACGAAAGCAUGAAGUCAAGCAUCUGAUAGAUAAACUGGAAGAAAAAUUCCGACUUAACCGACGUGAACUGUUAGCGUUUGAGUUUCCCGUGUUAGUUGCCUUGGAAUUUGCUCUUCACCUUUCUGAGCAUGAAGUGCUGCCACAUUACAGAAGACUUGCCCAGCAUUCUUAGCACAGGCUAUAUUCUGAUCAGUAAGUUCCUCCCCAUCUGCAGGAAGCAAAAUAAACAUGAAGAACUUUGAACAUUGGAAGAGUUUUCUGUAAAAUGUGGUAUUCUUGUCACUUAUUGAUAUCCCAAUGCAUAAAACAAACACUUCUAUUUUUAUAUGUCCACUGAUGAAAUUGCACUUUUGUGGCCCGAAGAUGUAGCGUUGAUAUUUUCCAGUCAUAUCUCUGAUCAUGAUGUCUAUUUAUUUGACAUCAGCUGUCAGAACAGUUGUUGAAUUUUGCUUUAAUAUUAGCAGAAUUUUGAAGGAACAGUUUCUGUUUGUAUUAUAAGGAAUUGUUAUAUAAUUGUUUCUUAACAAAAUUACUUCUAAACACUGAUAACUUUUUCAAACACAGUAGAAUGAGAAGUGACUUAUUACAUUUAUACAUUUUUGUGUAUAAAGCUGUUCCUGUUUCUUGCCUACAUUAUAAAUUUAUAAGUGUCCCUGUUGGGGAAUAUUGCUGAAUAAUAGAGAUGAGUAAAACUGCACUCUUUAGGUUCAUAAAGAUGCUCUAUGUUAGAGUUUAUACUGAGCACGUUUGCCGUGCUAUGUUGAAGUUUUUGUCUUUUCAAAAUAGCCUUUCUUGAACCAUUGAUGUUAAGCCAGUGUAAAUCUGACUGCUGGAUUUCCUUGUCCCUCUUCCUUACUUUUCCUAUGUUUAAUCAUCUUUCGAUAAUGCUUGACUAGUGAGAUAUUGGAAUGAUAUGCUUUGCACUGUUAGCAGAUGAAAACAAGCCAUAUUUAUUAGAACAAACAAGCACAUAUGUAGGCCAGUACCUGCUAUUAGAUUUUCUGUUUUUUGCUGGUGUGUUAAAGCAAAAAUUAUAUAUUAUUCUAAAAAUGAAGUCCAGGCCAGAAAUGCUGAAUGUAACAAAUUUAACUCAAUUUUCCCAAUGAUAAUUCAGAUUUCUGACUUUCAAAUUCUAUUCAAAAGUGAUUCCAUUUUCUUAUCAGUUAGUGGUUCACCAACAUUUCUCAUGUUAAUACAUCACGUUUGCUUUACACUGUUUCUCUGAAAACUGAUUUACUCAUUAUUUUGUAACGCUAGACUAUAUUAUGCAUUUGCAUCAAUCUCUACUUUUUUGAGUAUAAUAAAAGUGCUAAUAGCAAGUUCUAUGAAAAUUGAGGUGAAGCUGUUUUGAAAAGUUGAUUACACUAUAAGAACAAUAAAAGCUGUCUAUUGUGC